AUGGCUCACAUCGCCAAAUCUUUCUAUGACCUCAGUGCUACCAGCCUGGAAGGGGAGAGGAUUGAUUUCAACACUUUCCGGGGUCGGGCAGUGCUUAUCGAGAAUGUGGCAUCCCUCUGAGGCACGACCACCCGGGACUACACCCAGCUCAAUGAGUUGCAGUGCCGCUUCCCAAGGCGCCUUGUGAUACUUGGCUUCCCCUGCAACCAGUUUGGGCAUCAGGAAAAUUGUCAGAAUGAAGAGAUCCUGAACAGUCUCAAGUAUGUCCGCCCUGGGUCUGGCUUCCAGCCCAACUUUGUUCUUGUCCAAAAGUGUGAGGUGAAUGGACAGAAUGAGCAUCCCGUCUUUGCCUACCUAAAGGAUAAACUCCCCUACCCUGAUGAUGACCCAUUCUCCCUCAUGACAGACCCCAAGCACAUCAUAUGGAGUCCUGUGCGGCGCUCAGAUAUUGCCUGGAACUUUGAGAAGUUCCUCGUGGGGCCUGAGGGUGAGCCCUUUCGCCGAUAUAGCCGAUCUUUCCAAACCAUCAAUAUUGAACCCGACAUCAAGCGUCUCCUCAAAGUUGCCAUAUAGAUGAGUUUUUCAGUAUGUACCCCCAGGUCCCAUUUAUUCCAAUCUUAAGAGUUCCUUUUUUCCAGGGUCUAGCAUCUCUCCAAGAUCUGCUAGACUCAGAAGAUGCUCAAGAUCAAUACCAUUCAUUGAACAUUCUUUUCUUAUCCACCUGUCUCCUUAUGGCUCCCCAAUACUUCUGUUGUCGAUGUGAGUCAGGGCUCCAAAGUCUGGGUUGGCUCUUCACAGGAUGAUGGUAUCUUCUUAAACCCUUGAGGGGGAAUGAGAUGCUUGAGAGUCGUGAAGAGCCUAAUUCUAGCCUAUGUGAAUCCAAUAAAGGUCAG